ACCAACAUAACCACUCCUCCCUCCUCCCUCCUCCCUCCUCCCUCCUCCCUCCAUCUUUCCCCUUCUUCAGUUCUUCUUCAUCUUCUUGGUGAUAUCGAUCAGUUCAUCGAUCGUAAUGUUCACAACAGGAAUAGGUGAGAAGAUGCUUCAAUGCCCAUCAAGGCCAAUGGUUAUGGACCGAAGAUGGAAGACCAGCGCAGAGAUAGCUCCCAAUUGCCCUCGCUGCGCCUCUCCCAACACCAAAUUCUGCUACUACAACAACUAUAGCCUCUCCCAGCCUCGUUACUUCUGCAAAGGCUGCCGAAGGUACUGGACCAAAGGUGGUUCUCUCCGUAACGUACCCGUUGGCGGUGGUUGCCGUAAAAACCGCCGCUCCACCAAGUCCGCCACCAGGAAUUCCCCUCCGGUAGAUGGUGUCUCCCUCACGUUCUGUCGCUCACUCACCUCUUUUAGUUCUACUAAUUCUGAUUCAUAUCCUGUCCAACACCCACCCACUACUACUACUUCUAGUACUUCUCACGGUACUGCCACUGACACUGAAGCUCCGAAUAUUGAUCUUGCGGCCGUGUUCGCCAAGUUCUUGAAUCAGAAUCAGAACUCUUGUUUCGAUCCUGGGCUAGCUCCAGAAUUGCCUGGUCAUGAUCAAGUGGUGGAGGUGCAUUCUCCUUUCAGCUUAACGGGUUCCUCUUCCGACCUUCCGAGUCAUGAAUCCCUAGUACCCAAUAUUCAAUUCCCAGAAGAACAAUUAGCCCAUCAGGACUUUCACUUGACGGGAGAUUUCGAAUUCGGAUUGAAGGAUCAAGCUUGCAGGAUUCCACAGUUUAUAGAUUAUGAUCCAAAUAAUUACGGGUUAGAAUCAAUGUUGAGCGACGAAUUCAGUCAAGGGAUGGAUUUAUGGUCGGAAAUUGCUCCGGCAACGGCAGCGUUGCAGAAUUUUUCAUGGCAGACGACGUCGCAGAUACAGUGGUUGGAAUCCAUCGUCCCGUCUCCUGCAGAUCAUCAUAAUUUUGCGUGCCAUCCUCAUGUACCACUCAACGAUCAUUGGAGUUCCUUUGAUCUGUCAAGCACUGGUGUUUUCUCAUCAAGGCCUUAAUUGUCUCAAGUCUAAUGGCUACUCUAAACAUACACAGAUUUUUCAUUUUUUCCCAUGAAAGGACUUCUUGAUGUUACUGAUUACUACUUACUGUACCAUGUUAAAGGAACAAUCUCUGAAUCUCUUUGUAAGAGAGAGAUGAUCUACUUUGUACUUUGUAUUGGAAAAAGAUAAACUGAUCUCAAUAGAAAUUAACAAUAAAACCCACCAAAUUCUUCUCCAA